CUACAUUAUAUUGCUUACUAAGGAAUCAAUUUCAUUAUAUUCCCUUUAUCAACGUACCAAAAAGGAACAUAAACCUCGAUCAAUUCAUGGUGGUGAAGAUGGCCAAAUGGUCGCCGUGGCCGCCGGUUUCGCCGCAGCCCGUCACGAGGAAGUUUCAAGUGAAGCUGACUUGGUUCAGACUCGAAGGUAUCGAGAAUAUUUUUGAAUGGAAAACGCAUGCGAGAGUCUUAGCCCUCAAGGUUAAGUGGAAAGGCGAGGCGCGUAAGUUCGGGCUCCAUCACCUCGUGUCGAAACAACGUUGUCGCGAAGAUUUGUCGCGAGUGAAAAUGUUGGAGGGAGGGCAAGGCAGUGUGACAUGGGACGAUGAUGAGUUCGAGAACACGUGUUGCUUCACGGAGGUUUCCGGCGAUGGCCGCCGCCGUCAAUUCGGACCUUGGCGCAUCUCCUUCCACGUCUUAUUCGGAAAGUCCGAGGCCAAAUUGGUGGCGGUCGGAAAAGGUUCGGUCGAUGUGUCGAAAGUUGCGGCGACAAUGGAGUCUGAUAUUCAAUGGGAAAUCCCCGUCAUUUUACGCGCCGCCUCCGGAGGUCUCAAAGAAGCCUCCCUUCUUGUCAAUUUUACCAUGAUAAAGAUAAAAGAUUCUCCGAUCUUAACAAGAAUUGAGCCGGACUUGAUAAACCGGACGAGUGACAAACAAAUGGAGUUGGAUGAACCGGGGACAAGUUUGGUAACACGGUCUAACUCGUCAUGGGCUGAGCUCGACCGAGACAAGAAGGCCAGCGGGUGGUUCUCGUGGAAACGACGGCGUAUGAGUCAAAGUAAAGAUGAGCCGUUGAUUAAGAAGACUCGUAGCUGGAACUUUGGAAGCAUUGUUGACUCGGUCAUUCCGAAUUCAAAUCAGGAUAAAAUAGGAGAAUAUUCUGAGCCGUCCGAUGAAGAAAGCAUUGGCGCAUGGGAAUCGAAGGAGCUGAUUAGCCGAGACGGCGAAACGAAGCUGAAAUCCGACGUGUUCUUCGCCACCUUCGACCAGCGCUCCGACAAGGCGGCCGGAGAGAGCGCCUGCACGGCGCUGGUGGCCGUCAUCUCCGACUGGCUCCACUCCAACGCUGACGCCACUCCGACGAGGCCGGAAUUCGACGACCUCAUCGUACAAGGCUCCUCGGAGUGGCGAAAUCUCUGCGACAACGCUUCCUACCUCAACGAUUUCCCCGACAAACACUUCGACCUCGAAACCGUCCUCCGCGCCGGCGUCCGCCGCGUCGCCAUUUCGCGCGACAGCUCCUUCGUCGGCUUCUUCAAUCCCGAGAAGUUCGCGUCGUUGUCGGGGGCGAUGUCGUUCGACGAAAUAUGGCAAAAAAUCGUCGCCAUUAACGAUCUCCCCAGAGUGUACAUUAUCAGCUGGAACGAUCACUUCUUCGUCCUGAAAAUCGACCGCGACGCUUACUACAUCAUCGACACGUUGGGGGAGAGGCUCUUCGAGGGGUGCGAAAAGGCGUUCGUCUUGAGAUUCGACGAUUCGUCGCUAAUGCUCCAGAAAGAGAACAGCGACGAAGACGAAAAGAUAAUAAGUAGCGGGAAGGAAUGUUGCAGAGAGUUCAUUGUGAGGUUUCUAGCCGCCAUACCUCUGGAAGAGCUUGAAGAAGAGGAGAAGAAGGAAGCAGUUUCGUAUUUCUCUCUGCAUCAGAGGCUGCAGAUAGAGUUUAAUCUCACCUGCAUGUUAUCAUCAUCGCCAUUUUCGUCACUAAGUUCGUCGCCUUUUUCUUCAUCUGCUGUUUCUACGCCCUCUCGCUUGUAGCCCAAUGCAUGCAAAACAUCCAAAGUUUGUAUAUAUUGAUGUGUGUACAUAUAUAAAAGAAUUAUUGUAACACUUAUAGUAAUUCUAGGAGUUCAGAUUGCUUUAAUAAUUUGGUGAAACCUUUGAUUUGGGAAGUUCCAGUCAA